UAUCUCUUUGUCUAAGUUCUCUUCAAAUAUUUGAAGAUGAAUCACAUCCAAAUAUGCAUAUGCAAACAAAAGCAAAAGAAGGAUUAUCACUUUUCGGUAUUCUUAACAAUACGCGUACGGUCCUUGGUAAAUAUCUGCUUAAGCAAUGGUUUCUUAGACCUACUCUUGAUCUUGCCGUCCUUGAUGAGCGACAUCGUACAAUCGAAUGUCUCCUUCAACCAGAUAAUUUGGAUAUUUCGGGACA